CAUUUUUGCGCAUUUAGAAAUUUUUCAAUGCGUAAGUGUGAUUUGUGCGUUUAUACUGAUUAAAUAUCAUUCUGUAUGGGUGGUUAGGUAUUAUAAUCAAGGUCUGAUGCCAAAUCCGUAAGGAUUAAUCUUUUAAGUUUCUUCCAUGAUUAAUCUUUAAUAGCUAAAGAUAAGCCUGACUAAAUCAAGUACUGAUGUAGGUGUAGACAAAGAUGCUGGCCAUCACCAGUGCGUAAAUGAGACAGCUUGCCAGGGGUCGUCCGCUGCUAGAAUCGACCGGCGAUCUCGCACAAACUCCACGCACCAGUGUUAAAUUAACACCUGCUAAUGGCAGGUAGUGUGAACAAGACCUCGCCGUCUAUUUGCUAGAAAACAGACCACUCGCCCGUACGCCGCGAGCGAUCGCUUCCAGCCGCUGAACUGUGGUGCAUGUGUGCGCUUUGAUAAAAUUCCUCCAGUUAAGUUGUGUGAUAAUGGGGUGCGAACUCGGCAAGCUGGCGGGAAGGGGCAGCUCGGAAAACGCCAACAGCAAGCUGGACGACAUCGGGCCCCCGGCCCAGGUCGACUCGAGGCUGCCGCUGACGGCGAAGCAGAAAUACAGCAUGCUGGCCUCGUGGAAGGGGAUCAGCAGGGCGAUGGAGAGUACGGGCGUAUGCAUGUUUCUGAAAUUGUUCGAGGAGCACGGGGAGUUAUUAAAUUUAUUCGAGAAAUUCAAAGAACUGAAAACGAAAGAAGAUCAAGCGAAUAGUCUGGAAUUGCAGGAGCACGCCAGCACGGUAAUGAACACCCUUGAUGAGGGAAUCAAAGGGCUCGAUAAUUUAGACGCCUUCUUCGAGUACUUGCAUCAAGUCGGGGCGUCUCAUCGAAGGAUACCCGGCUUUAAAGUGGAGUAUUUUUGGAAAAUAGAAAAACCGUUCCUAGAGGCCGUACAAACCACCUUAGGCGACCGCUACACGGACAACGUGGAAAACAUAUACAAAAUAACUAUUAAAUUUAUCAUAGAAACCUUGAUCACGGGUUACGAUAACGCAAACGCACCGACGUGAAGAUCGACUGACUGAAAAUGAAAACUCCAUACAAAAAACCUACUUAUUAAUACUUUUAUAGAACCAAGUACUGUUCGUAACUGUGUAAAUAUUUUUUUGUGUGCAUGUGUAUUUAAUGAAUACCUGUAAGACAAUUAAGAGUUAGAAGAAAGAUGAAGAUGCCGUUUGAUCCGAACGCUGCUGCUGGAUUUGAAUUCCCAUUAAAUUAUGAUUUUCGUGUUUUUUUCUACCAGGUACUUUACCGGAUGACAUUGACGUACGUGGUCAUGUCAAAUUACAAGAAAUAUUUUUGUACGCCAAGUUAUUUUUUUACAUUGAAGGAAAUGUAAACGUGCAAACAAUUCCAUGUCUUAUGGCCCUAUGAUGGAAGUCAAUUCUUCAAAAGUGGAUAUAAUUAAAUAAAAAUAAAAUGUAGUUAUACUCUACUUUAAUUUCAAAUACGGAGGUAGGGAUAAAGAGAAGUGUAGAACUUUAAC